GUUGAAGUCCUUCCUUUCUCCCUAGGUCUAUUCUAGGUGGCAAGAGCCAUGCAGUUCUCCAGCUCAGCCAGGUCAGCAGAUGAGAACUUUGACUACUUGUUCAAGAUUAUUCUCAUUGGGGAUUCCAAUGUGGGGAAGACGUGUGUGAUACAGCAUUUCAAGUCUGGGGUCUACACCGAGACACAGCAGAACACAAUUGGAGUGGACUUUACAGUGCGUUCCCUUGAGAUCGAUGGAAAGAAAGUCAAGAUGCAGGUGUGGGACACAGCUGGCCAGGAGCGUUUCCGCACCAUCACCCAAAGCUACUACCGCAGCGCCCAUGCAGCCAUCAUCGCCUAUGACCUCACCCGGCGGUCCACGUUUGAGUCCAUCCCACACUGGAUUCACGAGAUAGAAAAAUAUGGAGCAGCGAACUUGGUCAUGAUGCUAAUCGGAAACAAAUCUGACCUCUGGGAACAGCGGCAUGUCCUGUUUGAAGAUGCCUGCACGCUGGCUGAGAAAUACGGCCUCCUGGCUGUUCUGGAGACAUCUGCCAAGGAGUCCAGGAACAUAGAUGAAGUCUUCGUGCUGAUGGCCAAGGAGCUGAUCGCCCGCAACAGCCUGUACCUGGACGGGGAGGGCACUCUAAACAGCCCUCCCCUGGACUCCAGCCCAGUUCUCAUGACCCAGGGUCCAAGUGAAAAGACCCACUGCACUUGCUGAAGAUGUUCACGAGGCCCAUAACGCCCAUCAAAGAGGCUGUCUCUGAAUCCAAAGUAGCCAGAUACCCUGGUGUCUCCUGAGCAGC